GCCCAGCCGUCGGCGUCGGGGCGGCUUGGCCCACCCGGGCAGGACAGUGGGUGCAGCAGAUUCCCUCCCCUGGACCCCGCUUAGUGGUUGCUGUUACUGGUGUCCAGUUUUUUCUCCCGUCCCUGAGGCUGGACUCGGAUUCGUCCAGGCGCUCUCUCCUCUAGGGUGCAGCGUGUUAGGCUUCGUGCGGGCUGCGGUCUGGCAGCAGGAAGCCAUGGGGAGCGCCACAGGAUGGGGUGGGAAGGUUAGGUGUAGCAGCGCUUUGAAGCACUUUGAGUGUCCGCACAGCACCUCUAGAGGGUCCGGAUUUGGAGCGAUCCCGGAGCCCUUUCACAUGUGAAGCGGGUCAGUCCCUUGGCUGCAGUGGCUACCUCAGCCAUGUCCUCAGUUGUGCCUUAUCAUGCAAAGCUGCAGUCUUUCAAGGUCCUGGUUUAAAGCCAGUCUGUGGUAGGAACCAAACGUUACCUGCUGGCUGCUUGGCUUGCAUGGAGUGAGGUGGGAGUCUUGAUGUAGUAACCAGCUCAGUGUCUUAUGUCACCAAGACCACCGUGGCAGUCGGCACUGUUUAUCUUCCCUGUUGAUGUUCCAUCGGAGAGGCCAAAGGUUGAGGGGGUUCUGGUUUGUCCCUGUCUGGGUGAAGGCCCCUGCAGGUCAGGGCCCCGGUGAGACAAGACACUUGUUUUGCUGUUGCCCAUGGUGUGGCUUUGCUCAUGGCCAUGUGACUUUGGGGUGGUUCAUGAUAUUUGCUGCAGAAGAUAACCUCCUCUUUCUCUCAGAGCCUUCAUCACCUGGCUGGCUAAUGGGGAGACCAUUCGUGUGUAUAAAAUGACCAAGAAGGAAGAUGGGAGUUUCACUUUCACUGCUGCCCCUGAGGACUUUCCAAAGAAACACAAAGCCCCCAUCAUCAACAUUGGAAUUGCUGAGACAGGGAAGUUCAUCAUGACGGCUUCAAGUGACACUACUAUAUUUAUCUGGGACCUGAAGGGUGAAGUCCUGGCCAGCAUCAACACUAAUCAGAUGAACAAUGCCUUUGCAGCCGUAUCUCCUUGUGGGAGGUUUGUGGCAUCCUGUGGCUUCACCCCUGAUGUGAAGGUCUGGGAAGUGUGCUUUGGCAAGAGUGGAGACUUCCAAGAAGUGGUCAGGGCUUUUGAGCUGAAAGGCCAUAGUGCUGGCGUGUACUCUUUCUCAUUCUCUAAUGACUCCAGACGGAUGGCAACAGUUUCAAAAGAUGGCACAUGGAAGCUGUGGGACACUGACAUAGAGUAUAAGAAGCAACAAGAUCCUUAUCUGCUGCUGACAGGGAAAUGUGAGGUGUCUGAGCCUUGUCGUAUUGCCUUGUCCCCCGAUGCCCGGGUAAUGGCCAUCUCUUGUGGCACUAGUAUCAUUAUGUACAACACCCGAAGGGGAGAGGAGGAGGAGCGCUUUCUCAACGUCCACGGAGAGUACAUCACGGACUUGGCCUUUGAUAUUAACAGUCGUUACUUGGUGUCGUGUGGAGACAGGGCCAUCCGGGUGUUCCACAACACAGCAGGCUACCGGGCUGUGAUGGAGGAAAUGAAAGGGAUGCUGAAAAAAGCUACUAAUAUGGCCACCAGAGAGAGACUGCAGCAGCAGAUCACAGAUGCCCAGAGUGCACUGGACAGUAUUUCAGCCAAGGACUAACCUCAGUCUACUGGGAUCAGUGUAUGUGCAACCUCUCUGAGGUGGAGAGCUUUGCACUUUGCAUUUAUUGGGAUUUUAAUACUGAAUUGAGUGCUAAUAAAAAUGUACAGACUGCUCAA